AUGGAGAACAUGCCGGUUGUCAUCGGCCGAUAUCGGCUCAGUAAGACCUUGGGAAUCGGGGCCUUCGGGAAGGUCAAAUUGGGGGAGCACAUGCUCACGGGACACCGAGUGGCAGUGAAAAUUCUCAACAGAGGCAAGAUCCAAGCCCUGGACAUGGAGGACAAGGUCAAGCGCGAGAUUAACAUCCUCAAGCUUUGCCGGCAUCCGCACAUCGUCCGACUGCACGAGAUCAUCGACACACCGAGCGAUAUCUUCAUGGUCAUGGAGUACGCGCCCAACGGAGAGUUGUUCGACUACAUCGUCUCCAAAGGGAGGCCUACAACAGAGGAGGCGCAGCGUCUGUUCCAGCAAAUCGUCACCGCAGUGGAGUACUGCCACUUCCACAACAUAGUACACCGCGACUUGAAACCGGAGAAUUUGCUCCUGGACCAGGACAACAACCUCAAGAUCGCUGAUUUCGGGCUGUCGAAUAUGAUGAGGGACGGGGAGUUCUUGCGAACAUCUUGCGGGUCCCCCAACUACGCGGCGCCGGAGGUGAUCAUGGGCACACUCUACGCUGGCCCGGAGGUAGACGUGUGGUCGUGCGGCGUGAUACUGUACGCGUUGUUGUGCGGCAGCCUGCCCUUCGACGACGAGAGCAUUCCGUCUCUCUUCAAGAAGAUCAAAUCCGGGAUGUACUCCCUCCCGAGCCACCUGAGCGCCUUGACCCGAGACCUGGUGCCACGGAUGCUGGUGGUGGAUCCGAUGAAGCGCAUCACGAUCGCCGAGAUCAAGCAGCACCCGUGGUUCCAGCAGAGCAUCCCGCUGUACCUGACGCUCACGCCGGCGCAGCUGGAGGACCAGGCCAGCAAGGUCGAUGAAGACGUGGUGGCGAUGCUGUGCGAGCUACCUUUCAAGGGCAUUACGCGAGAGCGAAUUUUGUUGGCCCUGGCUCACAAGGGGUACAAGAAGAAGGGCGAGUUCGAGCACGAGCUGAGAGUAGUGUACGAGCUCUUGCAGGGGAACAAGCUUCACAAGGCGCGGCUGAAGCAAUGCGUGUCGGAGAACAAGCUGCACAUGCAAACGCCGCCCACCUUCGUGGGGACCAAUCGGGCGCGCGGGGGGAGUUCUCCGAGCCGGGGGGGGGGGCGGAAUUCGGGGUCGCUGCCGAAGCAGAUGACGGACACCCCACGGGAGGCUGCUGCAGCACUCAUCAGAAAGGGGUAUGCGCAAGGCGGCAGCAGCAGCCGUCCAGGACAACCUGCUUCAGGUGGGACGGGGGGGACGGGGGGUGCAGCGGCGGCGGGGGCACCGAUGAAGCGAAGGCGAUGGUACCUGGGCAUCCAGUCCAAGAAGGACCCGGCGCAUGUCAUGACGGAGGUGUAUCGGGCGUUGCUGCAGCUGGGGUGCGAGUGGCACCUGCACUCGUCGUACCGAAUCCAGUGCAUGUGGAAACCAGACGCCGAGCCGGUGAUGCCGAGAGGGGGCUUGAAACGGCCGGGGGGGCUUAGAACACCUCCAGGAGGGGCGGGGCAGGGGGGCUACUUGGGCGGGGGCGGCGGCGGGCUGUCGAAGAGGGAGGGGGGGCAGGGGACGGGAGGGGACAGGCUGGGGGCGGUCGGGCCGGGGGGGAGGGCGGAGGAAUACAGAGUCGUCGCGGGGUUGACGCUGUACAAGGUCCAGACGAACAUCUACCUGCUGGACUUCCACAAACGAGAAGGAGACCAGUUCACCUUCAUGACGCUGUGCGCGAAAAUCAUCAUCCAGCUCAAGACUCUCAGCGCUCAAAGUAAAAUGCAGGUCACCGGCCGCCUGCAGGUAAUACAUCGGCUUCUUGGAUGCGAUCGUAGGGGAUAUGUUUUCGAGCUGUGA